AUGAUAUAGAGUUUAGUAGUAUAGACCAAUUUUCAUAAGCAAAUGGAAAAAUUAAAAGGAUUUUUAGUUUCUGCUCGUAAUAUAUCACCAAUAGAGGCAGAAAAACCACAUAGAAAAACUUAAACACCUUUAAUAGGAUAACUAUAAUAAUCAAUUUAAUUUAGUGACGAGGAUGUAUAAAGUGUGAAUAUCAAUUAAAUUGAUGUUAAUUAAACGAAUUUUAAUGAUGAGUUUGUUUUAGGAAGAAAAUUAGGAGAAGGUACACAUGGAAUAGUAAAAUUGUGUUGGAAAAAAGACAAUCCAUAAAUGUUAUUUGCUGUAAAAAUAAUAAAAACAAUUGAUGAAGAACAAUUAGAAAUAGUUAGAUAAACAUUCAUAAAUUCUACAAUCAUAAAAAGUCCAUAUAUUGCAAAAUGUUACAAAUUAUAUAUAGAUAUAAAUGUAAUUUAUAUGUUAAUGGAAUAUGUACCAUAUCAAAAUUUAUAAACGAUAUUGUUAGAGAAAAAAAAGUUAAAAGAAUAAGAAGUAUAAAAAAUAGCAAAUGCAAUAUUAAAAAGUGUUAGAUGUUUACAUAGUUGUGGUGUAUGUCACAGAGAUAUUAAACCAGAUAACAUACUGGUAGAUUUGAAGUAUUUCAAUAGUUAUUCAAAGUGAUUGUUCAGUUAAAUUAAUCGAUUUUGGGGUAUCUAGAAGAUUUGUAACUUAUAAUAAUAGCACUUUUCGAUACGUAAAAAAUUAAAUGUUAACAGUCACUGGAAAUCUUAAUUAUCGUGCACCUGAAAUAAUGUUUAGUUAAUCUUAUGGAUAUAAUCAAUAGAUUGAUUUAUGGGCUAUAGGUGUUACAUUGUAUUAAUCUUUAACAGGUUCAUUACCAUUUAUUUCUGAAUACACAGGAGAGAUUGUAGCUUAGUUAUCAAAUAGGUAUAUAUUUAAUUUAAAUAUAUUCAAUUAGUAAUUCAAUGUAAUAAGCUUUUAAAUAAGAGGAGUUCUUAAAAUUAUCAUCAAGUUGCAGAGAUUUAAUAAAAAGACUUUUGAUGUGGAAUCCACUUAAAAGAUUAACAGCUUCUGAAGCAUUAAAACAUAUAUGGAUACCUAAUGCUUAAACUCCAAAAAAACCAUUAAUUAAAAAGUUUACAAAAGAUGAUAUGGAUACUAGCAGAAUUAGUUAAAAUAGUGAUAUUUUAAAUAAAUCAUUAAUUAAUAGUGCCACUAUUCUUAGUUAAGAAUUACAAAAUACUUUAAUUUUGAGCAAAUAAAUUGAUUCUAUUUUAGAAACCACUCAAAGUUCUGAUAUAAAUUUAAGAUUUUCUAUCAAAAUCAAAUAAGAUAAGGAUAUUUAAGAUUUCAAAUCUAAAUUAAGGUAAUUUAAAUUAGAAUCAUCAACUAAUAUUUAUAAUAGGGCCAAAUAAAAUGAAGCAAAUACAAUAUAAUUAGUUGGAGCCUUUGAUGAUAAGAACAGAAAUUCAAUUAAAUUAGAUGAAGAAGAUGAUAUAUUUGGUAUUAAAGUUUGUGGUAGUCACCAUUCUCUGACUUAAUUUGAUGAUCCAUUGUAAAUAGACUAAUAACCUUUAUAGAAUUAAUUGGAUCCUAAACUCUUGCAGGAACUCUCUAAAUUUAAUUUGUGAUUUAAUAUAUAUAAUAAUGAACUCUUCUAAAACUUCAAGAACUACGAAAGCAUUGCAUCUACUUCAUUUAGAACAAAAAAUCUCUAUUAAAAAUCAAUUUAAUAUACCUACAUUAAGAGAUUCUGUUCCAACUCUUUUAAAGCCAUAUACAUUAUCUCCUACAAAAUAAUCAUUUCAAAUGACAAAAUAACCACAAUAGUAUGGAUAUAGAAAACUAUCAAUAGAAAAGAAGAUCAUUUAAUUAAGAAAAGAUAUAAUGAAUUCUAAAUCAGGAAAAUCUAAAUAGUUAUUUCAAUCAUAAAAAUUGUAAAUUAAAGAAGGAUUUUAUGUCAUUGAUGUAAAAAGUGAUUUAAAAUCUAUGAGAUCUAAUGAUGAUCGAUCAGAUAAGAAAUUUAAAAUAUUUUAAAUUCCAAUAGCAAUUCAAGAUAAGAUUUCUAAGUCAUAAAAUUCAUAAGAAAAAUAAAUGUUACAAAUUCCCCAUUUAAAAUUUAGAGAUAAACAAUCUAUGGUAAUUGAUGAUGUUUAUAAUGAAACACCAAAAUGUUUAGCAUCAACAAAAUAACCUAGUGAACCUAAUUCACCUUAUUUUAUAAGAAAAUUAUAAUCAUAAUAAAUCACUCAAAGAAGUAUUAGUCAAGGAAAUUUUGAAAAAACAAAAUAAAAUAAAUGGAUAGCUUGGCCUUAAAAUUUAGAAGGCUGGAAUACUCAUACAAAUAAUCCUGAAGAAGAUCUACUAUUAUAACUACAUUAUUAUUGA